GAGUUGAUCUCUUUAGGGAAAGGCUGUGGCUAAGCUUGCAUGCCCACAAGUGGCUCCCUGACCCUGCACAUGGCUCUUUCGAAGCCCUGUCAUGAGAUCUUUUUCUGGGGCUGUUUGGGAGAGGCAGGUCUCCCUUGGAGCACCUAGCUGGCCUGCAGCGAUGGGGGAUCGGAUCUAUUCCCUAGAGGCCCGGGCAGUGGCAAGGUCUGUGCUCGCGCGGCCGCGCAGGCCCCGCGCCCCCCGCCCGCGUCUGCGGCUGCGCGGCCGGCCCGGGAGGGGGCGCGGCGGGCUGCUGGGAGCGGGGCCGCGAGAGGCAUGUCUCGCUACACCAGGCCCCCCAACACCUCCCUGUUCGUCAGGAACGUCGCAGACGCCACCAGCACCAGGCCAAAUGAAGUCAAAAGAACGCCACCUGUGCUCCCCGAGUGACCACAGGAGAUCCAGAAGCCCCAGCCAGAGGAGAUCGCGCAGCCGGAGUUCUUCAUGGGGAAGAGACCGGAGGCACUCGGACAGCCUGAAAGAGUCUCGGCACAGGCGGUCUUCUUACAGUCAGUCUAAAUCUCGUUCCAAAUCGCUACCCAGGCAGUCUACCUCCCUGAGGCAGUCACGGACACCGAGAAGGAAUUCUGGAUCCAGAGGACGAUCAAGAUCCAAGUCCUUACCCAAAAGGUCCAAGUCGAUGGAGAAAUCACAGUCACGCUCGCCUCAAAAGCAGACUGGCUCCGGAGCAAAGUCCAGACCACAUGGACGACACUGUGACUCCAUAGCAAGAUCCCCAUGCAAGUCUCCCAGAGCGUACACCAGUUCUGGAUCGAAGACACAGACAACAAAACACUCCCAUCUCCGGUCCCACUCCAGAUCUCGGAGUUACCACCAUAAAAACAGUUGGUGAGGAGCUCCUCCCAGCAGAGCCGCAGAGCUCUGCUCCAAGCUCUCACACCUCGCUGUGGUUAAAGUGCUUCAAGGCCCGUAGAAAUGCGAACCGAUGGUAGCCACUUCACUUUGGGCAUGUGGAAGGAAUAAAAUCGCCCUAGCUUUGGUUAAUAAAUGUUUUAUCACGAUUUAAGGGCUCAUCCACAACUCACUCACUGUGUGUGCAAUGUCGCCAUUGCAUAGCCUGUACCUGGUUCACCGGGCAGCGAGGGGUACUUUCUGAAAGAUAUCAGUAAAAUAGAACCAAUGCAAAAAUUCUACUUAGGUAUUAAAUAUUGCCAAUAAUAUCCUUUACCAAAAUAUUUUUUAUUCUAAAGCACUUUUCACAUAAAAAAUAAUCGUGACUAUAUGUAAUUGAAUAGGCCAGAGACUUAAACUGUUUUGACAUCUGUGUCUUUCUUGUGACUACUUCUGUUUAAGCUCAGGACAGAAGUAUCCCAGUCUAUUCUAGUUCAAGUUACAGCAUUCUGAAAUCUGAAAAGGUAAAAUCUAUAUGGCGAUUCCAUAGCCGUUUAAAAGAUAGCUAGAAGGUAUUUAAAAGAUAACUCAAAGACCAUUUCAUUGUUUUUGAACACAACAGCACAGACCAGUUGACAUGAAAUUGUUAUCCAUGUUUGCUUAAACUGCUUAAAGAGAGCCGGGUGUUGGCUCAGGCCUGUGACCCCAGCCCUUGGGAGGUGGAAGAGUUAAGCCAGCAUGGACUGGGCUACGUGGGACCCUGUCUAAGGAAAAUCAAUGAAUGCUUUUUUAAAAAAAAGUGAAACCAUUUUAGAAGUUCUAGAUUUUGAAUGGCUUGAGACUACUCUAGAAAUUAUGGUGUGGGACACUCAGACUCCACAAAAUAAACUCAUGUUAAGCCUUACAUAUUUGAAGUACAGUACAUUUUGUAUAAAUUCAUAUUUAUAUCAUUAUUUCUAUAUAGCUAUUUUCAUCUGCAUUUUUUUCUUUUUAGAGCUCUAGUUCAAUAUCCUAAUUAUAUAAAAGUCUUUUAAAAAAUUAAACACAGUACAUUAUAUUAAGAAGUACUAGCUAAUGAGAUGGCCUGGGGGGGGAGGGGUUAAACCCACACACCAUCCAAACCUGGCAACCGAGAGCUAGCUGGGCAAUGAGUGCAAACCCUGGAACCCACAAGGGUGACUCCUGCAGACUCUCUCUGACUUCCACACUUGUAGUAUGGCACGUGUGCACCUGAAGACAGACAGACAGACACACACAGGUGCACAUUAAAUGUAUGCAAAACAUUUAAGGUCGAAACUACACCUUCAAGCCAGAUAGGUAGCACAUGCCUGUCACCUCAGCAGCACUCAGGAAGCUGAGGCAGGAAUUUGAGAAAAGCUUGGGAAAUUUUGAGACCCAUCACACUCACACUCAGGUGCAUGCACGCACGCGCGCGCGCGUGCACACACACACACACACACACAGGAGAGAGAGACAGACAGAGAGACAGAGACAGAGAAAGAGGGGGUCUUCAUAAACAGCUUUAAGGUAUUUGACUUUUACUCUACAUUUUGUAAACCAAAUAACUUUGUUGGCAAUUGUUGCUUUUGUAUUGUCGUAUCUUAGAAUUUCUUUUACAAUGUGUUUUGAGGUUUACAUUCAGACAGUUUUAGUAGAUCUGUGAUAAAAAUGGUUUGCAAAUAUAAUUGUCAAAGAGAUAUGUUUACAGAUUUACUCUGUUAGAUCUCAUUACUAAAACACACUGUCAGUCCCUACAGCUAAUAUUUAUGCCUGGAAUACCUAAGAAACCUGUCUUACAUUUUCAGUAUUUGGAGCCAUGUUGCUUCUAUCAAUUUCAAAUACAAAGUUCCAUUUUUCUUUGCAUUUUAAAAUCCUUUAUGUGAGAAACAACUUUACAAAAUGAUUUGUACAUUGGUGAUAUUUGAAGAAGUACCACAAAUUAAUGUAUAUUAUACUCCCCGAAUAUAUUUUCUCUAUUUAACCAUAGCAAAAGUUAUUUAUUUCAAAAGUUCCCUCUGGUGUUCCUCUGUAAUAAAGCAAUUGUAACGGAG